CCUGGGUGGGUCGACGAUUGCGUGGAAGACGAUACGCGGAGGUUAUGGAGAGCCGGGCAAGAAGGCUCUGAGACGACGGCAGCGGCACAUAUUGGAUCGGAUAGCCCUGAGGUGAGACUGUUCCUUUAGCGACAGCUAGCCACCUCCCGCUGACUCUUGCUAACGAUAGCUGACGCUUUUCUCUCUCCUGAAUGUCUACAGUGUUGGCAUUGUCACGCUUCUCAUCCAUGCGUACACCUUGUCGGCACUGCGACGUCGAUCGCGCAGGGCUCUGGGCCAUCUGAACCGACGCAUGCUACUCCUGACAGACGACCUGGCUGAUGCUCAAGAAGAAGAGGAUGAGGAGGAUUCGCAGGUUCGCUCUGCCCCAGUGUCUCUUCCGAGGCUGCAUGUGACACCUUCGAGCCCUACGACAUCACCCGAGAUCCCCUCGAAGGCUCCUCAACAAUCUCCCCUGGUCUCGUCAAAGGACAGCCCUUCGCGACUUUCCCGCAUCCGUCAGUCGAUGUCCUCUUGCGAGUCUCAAUUUCAAUCAGUGCGGCACUCGAUGUCCGUGCUGGGCUGGGAGCUGACGACGACGUGUUGUGAGCUUGGCUCGGCGAUGCUGGAGGGCGUUGCGCCUGGGAGCGGGGAUACGGAAGGGUGGCAGGCAUACCUUGCGAUUGCUGCUGGAGCUACAGGGCUGGUCAAGGUGGCCAAGGAGGACGGAUGAAACCGGGGGCCGUGGUUGAGGGUCUUGCUUCGCAAUCGAUCCUCUUUCAUCCAUUCAACCAUUC